UCUUCUCUUCCAAUUUCUCAAACUAAACCCUAGUUUCAUUCACUGCAUUACAACUGCCAACAAAAACACAAAAGAGGGAGGAAAAAUGUUGAAGUUCCUUUCAAAGGUAUGGAUUGAGUUCAAUGCGUUGGACCCACGCCUAGCAUCGUGCAUGGAGUUCUUAGCCCAAUGCAACGCACGCAAGGCUAAAGAAUCAAACCCAGCCUGCCAGGUCCAGGUGAGGCGGAGAACCGAUGACCACCCACCACAGAUCACCGUCGCUUUUGUCAAUGGUGUUGAAGAGGUAUUCGAUGCCACGUCGACACCUGCCCAGACCAUCAGGAACAUGAUUCUAGAGAAGGGUCAGAUUCUGGAGACGGAACAAAUGUUCCGCGAAGCUGGGGAGAAGUGGCCUGUUGUUAUUCCAGAGGAGGAACUUCUUCAACCUGCGCCUGGUACCAAGCCAAGGAAAGCGGAAGAGAAGAAGAUGUGAUACUGUAAUUUGCCUUGAUUACAUUUUGCUUCAGACACUAAGGAUGGCCAACCAUGAAAUCUUAGCAUGUAUGUUUUUGUUAUACUUGAGCACUAGGAAUUUGAGAAUUUCAGUUUGAUUUGGUGGAAGACUCUGAAUUGUGAGGUGAGUUAUGGAUUAGUUACAUAUAACAUUGCUUAUUUUAUUUAUAUUUAACUUAAAUCGAGUUGUAAGCUUAUCGAACUUACCAUCUUUAAGCUCGAGUUUGGUUUGAAAGUUGAAUUUAAGUUUGAAUUUGAGGUCGGUUUCAAUAUUAGCAACAA